UUUUACUCCGAUAGUUUAUGUGGCCAGCAAUUAUUAAAAUCGAUAGGCUCAUGGUUCUACGCGAAUAAUACAUACACAGCUGUACAUCCAAGUCGCUUGCAUUAAUACAUGUCAUAAAAUGCCACGAAAGAGAUCAGAGGACUUUUACAGAUUACACGGAUUCACGGCCAACUACGAACGAGGAAAAUACACGGCGACCUGCAAUGUCUGCGACAGGCAGCUUCAGAACACCGCGCUGAGUCGCCUAUCGCUGCACAGGCAAGUAUGUGAUCAACGGAGGAGUCAAAGCACUGCAGCUGUACCUUUUUACACUACCAAAAUGGAAAAGGAUAUAGACGGCCGCCACCACAUCAAGAUCCAGGAAGUUUCCGGCGAAUAUGAUGACUCCAAUACCGUAGGAAAGGAGAUUAUAGUCAAGAUACAAGAAAUUAUUGAUUCGGGCGACGAUGGAAAUGUUGACAAAACACCUGUCUUAGUAAGAUCGGAAACUCGAAAAAGUGCGAACGAGGGCCAAGAACUUGAACAUCAUAUAGAAUACGAGAUUUCUGAUUUUGUAGACUACAGCAACGAACAACAGCUCGAGGAGUCGACCAACGAAUCUGCAGAGCUCAUGGAAUCCAGGCCUAAAAACAACCUGCUUGCCCUCAAGGCACGAAAGAUGCGUGCGGAGAUCAAGCAAUACCAGAGCAAGACCAAGUUCUUCCGGACGGAAACGGAAAACCUGAAGGUUGAGCGAACCCUAACCUUGCUGAGGAUUCAGAAGCUGCGAUUGGAAAUCGACGCUCUACGUGCCUAAGAUAAGCUCUAGUUUUACUAUCUACGUAUUUAUAGGAAACGUGGAAAUCUAUUUAACGAAGUAUACAUGUUCAUGUUUAGUGAUUAUUAAUACGCUACUGUAAACGUUUACAAGUUGCACAGACAAUAUGUAAUUAUUUUUUAUUUAAAACAAAAGCUAUGGAUAUAGGAAUGGCAGAAAAUGUCGGUACCGAAAAAGAUAUUUUAAUAUAUCAAAAGGAUAUAUAUUAGAUUACAAUCUUUUUGAUUUUGAGCGCUAUAUUUAUCGCUAAUUUUCGGUAUUUAUCACUAAUUGGAUAUCAACUAUAUGGUUAUAUUCAACAGCCCUAACUGUAUCUGGGCAGUGCAACCUUCCAGUUACGACGAAAUCUAUCAUCUAUUGGAUGGUCUCGAUGGCUACUGCAGUAGCCUUAAUAUAUGUAACAACAUUUUAAUUAAACAACUAUGAUCUUUAAAAACA